UUUUAACAGUACGUACCUGUUCAUAAAUUAAUAUUAUGUACUUUUAAAUUACGUAUAAAAAAGUAGGUAGGCGUAUUAUUAGUGAAUAUUUAUUUAAAUUUUAAAUGUGAAAAUUCCUUCAAAUAAAUUAUUGUGUAAAUUCAUUAUUGGGUGCAAUGUAUAAACGGUUAUAUUUUGUACAGUUAUUUGGUGGUUAAUCAAGAAUGUGACGCCUAUGUGUUGUGGUCAAUCGGCUGUUAUAUCGAGUAUUAGACUUCUUUAUAUAUGGUUAAAAACCUGUGAAUUUAGUCAAUCUUAGCCAGCAGUUGUAGUAAUGUAGGUAUUUUAAAUAAAGUGACAAUUUUUUUUUAAUUUUCGAAAAUCAGUUAAUUUAUUAAUCAGUGAAAAUGAAACAAAAACAAAUUUUGUUGUUUGUGGUUCUGGCUACAUGCUCGUCCGUGAUUGCACAAGUUGGGAACAAAUGUAGACUAAGAGGAACGAGUAUAUCCGGAACAUGCCAAAAAGAACCAGAUUGCCCAUCCGCACAGGAAAACGCAAAAAAGGGUAUUAGACCUACGGAAUGUGGAUUUUACAACUUAAAUCAGCUCAUCGUUUGUUGUGAAAAUAAUGUUGAGGUAAAUGAUUUAACCUCAUCGGACUACAACUCGAACUCCGGCCAAAACGUACAAAAUUCAAAUGGAAAUUUUAGGAUAAGUGACCAAAAAUGCGAUGAAUACAGUAGACCAGUUCAAUCGGUAGUUUCAGUACUUCCUUUAGUUUCUGGCGUGCAGCCUAUUCCUAUUAAAGUUGCUAAAUGUGACUAUAACACUGUGCCCUUGAUAGUUGGGGGAGCACCAGCGGAACCAGGAGAGUUUCCGUUCAUGGCCCUCGUUGGUUUCAAUACCACAUCUGAUCCUUGGCGAUGUGGUGGUACACUUAUAAGUGAACGAUUUGUACUUACAGCAGCUCAUUGUACAGCUACAAGGGAUGCAGGCCCCCCUUCAGUAGUUCGUCUAGGAGAAUUGGAUUUAACUACAGAAAACGACGGUACUCAAUACAGAGAUUACUUAGUAUCCAGAGUAAUAACUCACGAUGGUUACAAUUACCCGGAAAAAUAUAAUGACAUAGCUUUAUUAGAAACAAGCGAAAAAAUAACAUUUUCACAGUUCAUCAGACCUGCUUGUUUAUACGUUCACAAAGAUAUAAAUAGCGACAAGGCUUUAGCUAUGGGAAUAGGAAAGAAUGAUUUUGCAGGAGAAGCCACCAAUAAAUUGAUGAAAGUUACACUGGAUCUAUUUGAUAAUCGCAGAUGUUCAAGAACAUAUCCAGCUAACAAUAGAGAACUACCCAAAGGAAUUGUCUCUACUAUGUUAUGUUCAGGGGUGCUAGCAGGAGGAAAGGAUACAUGUCUUGGAGAUUCAGGAGGUCCGUUGGUAAUAACAAAGAAGGGAAAUAUGUGCCAAUUUUUCCUUAUAGGAAUAACUUCCUUUGGUAGACUUUGUGGAGAACGCAAUACACCAGCCAUAUACACUCGAGUCUCCGAAUACAUCGAUUGGAUUGAACAACGAGUCUUUACAUAACUAAGGCUAUUUUAAAUUUAAAUAUUUUACACUCUUUUUAUAGUGAAUACAAUAAUUUGCCCCGAA